AUGGAGCAAAACCAUCCAACCACCUCGCCAGAAUCAGUGACUAACCAGACCUCCUCCCAGCUCUACAUAUACCCCAUCAAAUCCCUACGACCAACAAAAGUCACUUCAGGCGAACUCACAAACCUGGGUUUCCGCUAUGACAGACGCUUCAUGCUCCUAAAAGUGGUCCCCGGCGAAAAUGGGGGGCCCCAAGCGCUGGAGAAUAUGCAUAUCCCCGAGUAUCCCGAAAUGGGACUCUUUCAGACGGCGAUUGAGGAAGCUAAGACGGGUGGUGAUACUGGGAAGGUGGUUGUGACGUAUAACCCGCCUUUGGACAGCGACGGGCGUGAAGGUGAUGCAUUCGAGUUGGGAGAUCAACGCGAAAGCCAAAUCGAAAGCCAGGGUUCCAAAUGUCUGGAAAUCCCACUUGAACCGGAGACGAAGAAUUUAAAGGCUUUCACGGUGAUGAUGCACCAGAGUCCGACGACGGGCUAUGAUAUGGGAUCCAGAUAUAAUGACUGGUUCAGCGCGUGUUUCGGAUACCCCGUUGUACUGGCGUAUCUGGGUGGUAACACGCGCAGUGUCCUUGGUACACUCGCCCCCGCUAAACGCAAUAAAGAGUCCUGGUGGAGUAUCUGGAAACAGGAACUCGUGCUCCCGGGUAACGGCCACGGCAACAAGAUACUCGACCGAUGGCUCGUACCGUUUUCUCUGGGAUAUCUAGUUCUCAACGCUGUGAGUUGGUGUCAUACCCGGAUUGAAGAUGGCAAAAUGCCUGCAUCGACUAUCGGUGUUACAGUCCUGGCGCUGGGACUAUUGUGGAGUGCGGUGAAUAUCUUCGUGACGAGACGCCAUGAAGCACGAAUCGGGUUUGCGGAUUGUGCGCCUUUCUUGGUUAUUUCUCAGACCUCCGUUGAGAAUGUAUCGGGACGGUUGGCUGGGGAGGAGGAGGUUGAUUUGACCAAGUUUCGGCCGAAUAUUGUCAUUUCGGGUGCAGAGACUGCAUUCGAGGAGGACUUUUGGGCGGAGUUGGAGGUUGGAAAUAGCCCUACCAGUUCGACGGUGAGACUGUUAUUGACGGGGAACUGUGUCCGAUGUCAGAGCUUGAAUGUGGACUUUUCGACGGGGAAGAUGGGUAUUGGGGAGAGUGGGAGUGUGUUGAAGAAGCUUAUGAAGGAUCGGAGGGUGGAUAAGGGGGCUAAGUUUAGUCCUGUUUUUGGGCGGUAUUCGUUUCUUGGGAGGGAGGGGGCUGGGGAGGUUGUUAAGGUUGGUGAUGGGGUGAGGGUUUCGAGGAGGUCGGAGGAGCAUACUGUUACUGGUGAGUCUAAGAAGAAGGUGGCGUGGUUGGUUUGA